UAGGAGAUUGCCGGACACAUAGACGUGUUGAGUGAUUAUAGCUGUAUACUGAAACCCCACGGGAUGAGUGAGGUUUGAGACUGCCAGACACAUAGACGGGUUGAGUGGGGAUAGCUGCAUACUAAAACCCCACGGGUUGAGUGAUGUUGGAGUGCCGGACACAUAGAGGCGUUGAAUGAGGAUAGACACAUAUUGAACCUCACAGGUUGUUUGUAUUGGAGAUUGCGAGACACCUAGACGUGUUGAGUGAGGAUAGCUGCAUACUGAAACCUCACAGAUGCAUUGGUUUUUGCCAGACACAUAGACGCGCUGAGUGGGGAUAGCUGCAUAUUGAAACCUCACAGAUGGAUUGGUUUUUGAGGCUAAACUGGAAGACCUGGAAAGGACGGUCAUGGAGCCAGGAGAACCCGGACGAUUUUUUCAACAAGAAACACCGUCUCCGCUCUCGACUAGAGAAAAUGGGGGAAACCAUCUCCGAUCGCCGCUUCAAGGACAUCUGUGUGCAAGGUUUCUCCGAGGACUACAAGGACAUCAAGAUGAUGGUUUUCCGCGACCCAUCAUUCGACGUACAACAGAUGCAAGCCACCAUGCGCAACAUCUUCCUUGACGAGCAAAUGCGCAAGAGAACCAAGGGCCAAAUCGCUGGCCGCGGAUUCGCCAUGGCUACCAAGACAUCUGGCCCCAUCUGCUUCGAGUGCAACGAACCGGGACAUGGCAAAGAGGACGAAGCCUGCGGGAGCAACCAAGUGGUGCUCCGUCCAUAA